AUGAGCACCAGAGUUCCGGGGGGCCCUAAUACUAGCUCUGAGGGCCCUAGUAUUAAUUCUGAGGGCCAUAGUUCGUCAUCGUUAUCUAGAAGGCGUAAGAGAGGCCAUACAAGAGCCUUCCAUGUCUAUAAUAGGCCAAGUACUGAUAAAAAAGAUAUGCGGAUAAAUGAUUUUGAUGUUAUAGUUGGUGAUUACGGAGCUGAAUUUGCCACAUUCUGUGGUACUCUUGCUAGGACCCCAACACUACUACCGUUAGAUUAUCAUGAUUGGAGAUUGAUUCCGAAGCAUUACAAAGAAGAUACAUGGGAUAGGAUUAAGGAAAAGUAUAAUGUGUCGGACUCAGCCCAACAUGUUGUGUUAAUGAGAAUUGGCCACUCAUGGCGGGAUUACAAGGGAGAACUGAAAAAAAUGACAGAGGAAAAAUAUCCUAAUCUAUUGAUUGCCCCUCGCCCUAUGAAUCCUGUAGAAAUUCCACAAACUCAGUGGGAGUACCUCCUUGGGAGGUGGACAUCUUCACAAUGGCAGGAUAAAUCUAAAAAGAAUAAAGAGAGUAGAUCGAAACAAACUAUGUCUCAUACAAUGGCAGAGGAGCUUUGCACAUGUGGUGAAGACAUGAGGUUGAAGACCCGGAUGGCGAGGACCUUCCGAAACAAGAUUGAUGAGAAAUUGGAGGAACAACCCCCAGAAAUGAGAGAAAUGAAACCUGUCCAAGACAAAGCGUUUGUGGCAGUGGUCGGCCCAGAUUCAAGUGGCCGAGUGUUUGGUCAAGGCUUUGGUGUAAAGCCGACUACUUUUGGCACCACACCUAGAAAUAUUGAGGCAAGACGACAGCAAGAAGAAUCGCAAAGAGAAGUACGAGAAUUGAGGGAAGAGCUUAGAACUAUGAGAGAAGAAUUGACAGAAAUGGGCACUUUGAAAGAAAAGUUGGUAGAAAUGGAUACUUUGAAAGAAAGGUUGACAGAAAUGGAUGCAAUGAAGCGCCAAAUAGAAAUUAUCACCCAAGGGCUCUUGGGUAGAGGUAGUUCACAGUGUUCAGUUAACUUAUCUGAUAAUUGA